AACGAGAGACUAACUCUAAAAACUCCAAAAACAAAACUAACCAAAGCUUUGUUCCUACUAAAGAAGAGCUCAAGAAAAUGGGUAUCAUAGUUCCAGUUCUGACUCUUGUCUUCCUCUUACUAACCACAAUGGGCCAUGCUGCCUCCAAACCGAGGGUGAUUCUGGUCGGCGGAUCUGCACAGGCAUGGAAGGUUCCAGAUUCUCCCAGCAACACUAUGAAUCACUGGGCUGAGGACAAUCGUUUCAAAGUCGGAGACAUUCUCGUGUGGAAGUACGACGCGAAAGUUGAUUCGGUGUUACAAGUUACAAAAGAAGAUUAUGAUAGUUGUAACACAGAAAAGCCCUUGAAGCAAUUCAAUGAUGGAGACACAAAGUUCGAGCUAGACAAUUCAGGAGCUUACUUCUUCAUCAGUGGUGCUCCUAAUCACUGUGCUAAAGGCCAGAAGAUUCAACUUGUUGUAUUGGCUGAACGCAAUCCUGGUGGUGGUGGUGGUGGUAGCGCUGACCGCGGCGCCGGUGACAAUCCUAAGGUUACUCCUGUUAGUCCUCCGGCUAACACUCCAGCUCCAGCUCCAGCCCAUAACGCUGCGGGUGGAUUGGAUGUUGGAAGCGGUUUGUUCUUGGCAGCGUUUGCGAUUGGUUUGGCUAUGGCUUAGAGGGAUUGGUCGUGAGAAUGUAGCGUUUAUCGUUUCCAAAUUUUAGC